GACAGCCUGAUAGGAAUUAACGGUUCGUCAGAGGUCUGGACUGAAAACGUUACGAUGGGGAGUAAUGACUGAAAACAGAACGGGUUCUGUGCAUCCCCAGCGUCUUCCUCUGCACUGCUGCCUCUGAAGCCAUGGACUAGAGCUGCAUCUGGUCCUGACAGUCCCGUGGUCAUCAGAUGGCGUCUCAACAACCCUCAGCGAAAAUACAGAAAAUGAGAACGUGAAGGCUGGCGUCCACCAAGGCCACCGCUGCACCUUGGGCAGCGCACACACAUGAUCACAUGACUCUGGACAUGGACGCGGUCCUGUCAGACUUUGUUCGGUCCACAGGGGCAGAACCGGGUCUGGCACGAGACCUGCUGGAAGGUAAAAACUGGGACCUCAGUGCUGCUCUAAAUGAUUAUGAGGAGCUCAGGCAGGUCCACACUGCCAACCUGCCGCAGGUCUUCAAUGAGGGCCGCUACUACAAGCAGCCAGAGACACGUGACACACCCACCCAUGUCAGCAAGAUCGACAGGCCGUGUGCACAGAAGCAGGAGGACAAUGCACAAGAGAAGCGUCUGUCCCGCGGCAUCUCCCACGCCAGCUCUGCUAUCGUCUCCCUGGCGCGGCUGCAGGUGGCCAGCGAGUGCACCAGCGAGCAGUUCCCUCUUGAGAUGCCCAUCUACACAUUCCAGCUACCAGACCUCAGUGUGUACAGCGAGGAUUUCAGGAGCUUCAUAGAGAGAGACCUGAUAGAGCAGUCCACCAUGAUGGCUCUGGAGCAGGCUGGUCGUCUCAACUGGUGGUCCACCAUGUGCACGAGCUGUAAGAAGCUGCUUCCUCUGGCCACCACAGGGGACGGGAACUGCCUCCUGCAUGCUGCCUCUUUAGGGAUGUGGGGCUUCCAUGACAGAGACCUGAUGCUGAGGAAAUCCCUGUACACCAUGAUGAAGAGCGGAGCGGAGAGAGAUGCUCUGAAGAGGAGGUGGAGGUGGCAGCAAACCCAACAGAACAAGGAGUCGGGGCUGGUGUACACUGAGGAGGAGUGGGAGAGAGAGUGGAACGAGCUGCUGAAGUUGGCCUCCAGUGAGCCUCGCACUCACCUCAGCAAAAACGGCAACACCAGUGGAGGUGUGGAUAAUUCUGAGGAUCCGGUCUAUGAGAGUCUAGAGGAGUUCCAUGUGUUUGUGCUGGCCCAUGUGCUACGCAGGCCAAUUGUAGUGGUGGCUGACACGAUGCUCAGAGACUCGGGAGGAGAAGCGUUCGCUCCCAUCCCGUUUGGAGGGCUCUAUCUGCCCCUGGAGGUGCCUCCAAGUCGCUGUCACUGCUCGCCUCUGGUCCUGGCCUACGAUCAAGCUCACUUUUCCGCACUGGUGUCCAUGGAGCAGAGAGACCAGCAGCGAGAGCAAGCUGUUAUCCCUCUGACUGACUCGGAGCACAAGCUGCUGGCGCUCCAUUUUGCCGUGGACCCUGGCAGGGACUGGGAGUGGGGGAGGGACGACAAUGAUAAUACCAAGCUUGCCAAUCUCAUCUUGUCUCUGGAGGCCAAACUCAACCUGCUGCACAACUACAUGAAUGUAACAUGGAUCCGAAUUCCAUCUGAAACAAGGGCUCCCCUGGCUCAGCCAGAGUCUCCCACAGCCUCUGCAGGUGAGGACGUCCAGUCUCUAGCUGAGUCCAUGGACUCUGACCGCGAGUCUGUCGGCAGCAACUCUAACGUCAACACGGGCAAGCCCAGCAAGGAGAAGGACAAAGACAAGCAGCGCAAGGACAAAGACAAGAGCCGGGCUGAUUCUGUAGCCAACAAACUGGGUAGCUUCAGCAAAACCUUGGGAAUCAAGCUGAAGAAGAACAUGGGAGGUCUGGGUGGCCUUGUGCACGGCAAAAUGAACAAAUCUAACUCUGGCUCAGGUCGUAAUGGGGAGAACGGAGGGGAAAAGGCAAAGAAGAAGGAGUCAAAGACAACCAAGGGAAGCAAGGAGGAGUCGGGUCAGUCAGCCAGCUCCACCUCCUCAGAGAAGGCCACUAGUCCCUCUCCAACAGACAGAGACAGACCCUCUAGCUCCUCCCCCACCGAGAGACAGGACAGUACAGGGAGAGGCACGGGGGACAAGACCAUGGAAAACUGGAAAUACAGCACCGAUGUCAAGCUCAGCCUCAACAUCCUGCGGGCGGCCAUGCAGGGGGAGCGCAAGUUCAUUUUUGCGGGCCUCUUGCUCACCAGCCAUCGACACCAGUUCCACGAGGAGAUGAUCAGCUACUAUCUGACCAACGCCCAGGAGCGAUUCAGCCAGGAGCAGGAGCAGAAGAGGAAGGAAGCCGAGAAGAAGCCCCCUGCCACUAAUGAGGUGGCCGUGAAGAAGCCUGAACAUGAGAGUGUCUUCCAGAGGGAGAGAUCAGACAGCUCGCCUCCGGAGAGCUGCUCUCCCGUCCUGCCCCACCACACCCACACCUACAACCACAACCACAACUCACAGCCCCCACUGGGUCUUAAGAUGCAGGGCAGGAACAGUCCCACUCCUGCAGCCCCCCUUGUCUCUGUCCCAGUGCCCCCCCUCACACCGCCAACAGUCCCCCACCAUGUCUCCCACCCAGCCCCAGCGCCUGCGCCUUACUCCUCCCCCAGUAUUGGUACUAAGAGACCUGGGCCUGUUCCUGUGUCUGCCCACUACAGCCAUACACCGCCCAUCCAGAGGCACAGCGUGAUUCACAUACAAGAUGUCAACAUGCAAUCCUCCAUCUUCCAAGAUGACCCCUAUAAGCCUGUGGUGGGCACCCUAAAGACAUGUGCCACCUACCCUCAGCAGAACCGCACACUCUCAUCCCAGAGUUACAGCCCUGCUCGCCUGUCGGGGGUCCGCACCGUUAACACCAUAGAGACGCUGUCCUACAAUAUGCCUGGCGAACACAAGUCCCACACCUACACCAAUGGAUUUGAUGCGGGAGACAUUCAGGACUGCCUGGAGUUUGCUGAUGAGGACAACUCGUCUCACACCUGGCUCAACCAAGACAAAACCAAAGGGCGGAGCUCUGGAAGCCCUUUGUACUGCUUUCAGCAGCGCCGCUGCAAGAGGGAGAACUGCUCUUUCUACGGUAGGCCAGAGACAGACAACUACUGCUCCUACUGCUACAGAGAGGAGCUGAAACGCAGGGAGAGGGAGAGCAAAGUGCAGAGGCCUGCAUAGCCAUCACCGCCACUUCAGCCACUUGUCAGCAAGGCCGCAGGAGACUUGAGGGAACGACACCAUCUGCACUCUGCAUUUAGAAUAACAUGAUGGCAAACAUUUUCCUAUUUUGUUGAAGAAUGCUCUUGUAUUCCUGUCACCCUCCCCUUAUUAGUAAAGAUGAUUACUUUAUGAUGGGGGAAGCAGAACUUGAAACAGUGAGCAGCUUUGGCCAGAUAUUGUGCUACUUUGUUUUUAUUUCUGUCUCAUUGAAUUUAGUCUUUUACUUGUUUUAGAGUAAAAGUCAUCUCUGUGAUGUAACUUCCUUUGUGUGAGGGAAAGGUCUUUAUUUUUCAAAAGUUCAAAAGAUUUGCAUCUUAUCUGGAGGGAACAUUUUAGCUCUUUUAAUCAGUUUGAAUGCAAUACCUCUGCUUGGUUCUUCAAAAUCUCUGUGGAAAAUUUGUAGUUGUUUUGCAAUCAAAAGAAAUUCAACGGGAGAUCAAUAUUAGACUUUAAAGCAAUAAAUUGGUGAUUUUCGCUA